AUGGAAGCUAGUUUUACAUUUUCCUUAAAAUAUCUUAGUCAACUCUCAUAUUUCUUAGGUAUUGAAGUCAUCCCUCAGACCAAUGGUGUCCUUCUUUCCCAACGAAAAUAUAUCCUUGACAUAAUCACACGAGCACACACGAGUGACUGCAAACCUAUAUCAACUCCAAUAACUACAUCUGAACCUCUUACUUUGAGUAGCGGUACCCUUUACCCAUCACCCACUGAAUACCGUGCACUGGUAGGAGCCUUACAAUAUCUAUCUCUCACGAGGCCAGACAUCUCCUUCACUGUAAAUCGUCUGUCCCAAUUCAUGCAUGCUCCCACAUCGUUGCAUUGGACAGCUCUAAAAAGACUCUUACGACAUCUUCAUGGAACCUUAUAUCAUGGUAUAAUCUUACAACCAAUGUCUCCACUCACUCUCCAUGCCUUUACUGAUGCUGAUUGGGCAGGAGAUAAAGACAAUUAUAGGAGUACAACUGGUUACAUAGUUUAUCUUGGCUGCAAUCCAAUUUCUUGGAGUUCUAAACGACAACCCACCCUUGCGAGAAGCUCAACCGAGGCUGAAUUCAGAGUUGUUUCUUCCCCCACAACUGAAGUCCAAUGGCUUGCAUCUCUCAUAAGUGAACUUGGUUUCAAAUCCAACACUACUCCCACCAUUUACUGUGAUAACCUAGAUGCAACAUCAUACUCUGCAAAUCCUAUUUUCCAUUCAAGAAUGAAACACCUUGCAUUGGAUUUCCACUUUGUUAGAGAAAGAGUUCAGCAAGGCACCUUACGAGUCAUACAUAUUGCAGGAGAUGAUCAAUUGGAAGACGCUCUCACUAAGCCCCUCUUAAGACCACGUUUUCACUAUCUACUAUCCAAGAUUGGUCUCAUCUCUGGAUCGUCCAUCUUGUGGGGGCAUAUUAAGUCAUAA